AUGCCACACCCCAUCUCCCCUUCUGGUACCCCCACCAUGCCGACCGUUGUCGCUAAAGGCCCCUCUGGCGUGCCCCCCACUACCGAAGAGAUUUCUUCGCUCCUCAACACUAUCUUUACCGCCGAGACGUCCCAGCACUCCCUCGAUGGCUCCUAUGCAGUCGCAAACCUGUUAAUCCAGAGUGUUGGAACCUCCGGUUUGCUCAACUACAAUGUUCUCGCCGAGGCGAAGAAGGCUGCUACCGAUAAGAAGAAUGGAUCCCGUCGCGAGAGCGCCAUGCUGAUCAUCGGCGCCCUCUUUGAACGGUUCCCCCGCGAAUUUCCCCUCAGCGAGGCUGUUUUCCUGCUGCAUAACGGCGGUAUUUUCAACGUUGUUCUCGACUCUCUUGCCGAUAAGGGUGCCGUUGUUCGCGAUGCGGCGCAGUAUGCGAUCGAUGCGCUAUAUGGCUGCCUGAGCCCCGAGGCCAAGGCUAAUGCUCUUCUUCCCGCUCUGGAAACAUACUUGAGCACGGGAUCCGGCAAGUGGCAAGGCUUCGUUGGUGGCUACAAACUUCUCGAGAAGAUGGCUGCCGGCGCCCAAAUGGGCAAUGGCACCCCGGAGGAGGAGAGCGAGAAGGACGUCCUGCGCGAGGCCAUGGGCAAAACUCUCAAGGAGCUGAUCCCCAUCGUCGAAUCGGGCAUGCACGACUUGAAGAGCGAGGUCGCCAAGCAGGCUACCAAGACAAUGACUACCAUGACCACCCUUCUGUACAACGACGACGUCGCCCCGCGCAUUCCCCUGCUCAUCAAGACCAUGGAGCAGCCCUCGGCCCAGACUCUGCAGAAGGCCAUUCACGCGCUGUCGCAAACAACAUUCGUGGCUAUCGUUACCUCCCCCGUUCUAGCUCUGCUCACCCCCCUGCUCGAGCGCACACUCAACGCCCCGGCCACCCCUCAAGAAACUCUUCGCCAGGCCGUCGUUGUCAUCGAGAACCUGACCAAGCUGGUUCACGACCCUGCCGAGGCCCGUGUCUUCCUUCCCAAGCUCCAGCCUGGUGUGAAAGCCAUCGCAGACCGUGCGUCUCUCCCGGAGGUUCGUGAAUUGGCCACUCGUGCGCUCGACGUCAUGGAGAAGGCUAUGAAGGAUAACGACCUUGCCCUCGGUGCUGUUUCCAAAACUACCCCUGAGGAAGUGGUGGCCGUGUUGAACUCUCAGCUUCAGGAGGUUGCUGGGUCUGUCAGCUUCGGGGAUGUUCAGUUCUCCGAACUGGCCAAGACCUUCAUCGCUGGCAUGGUUCGGGAAGAUGUCAACUGCCGCAAGUUGGACCGGAUUCCCGCUCGCGUUGGCCCUUAUCUCCGUGGCCUGAUCCAGAGUGAGCAGGCGGAGGCUAUUGCUACCGCCGUGCAGAAGCACUUCAUUGCAGAGGACGAGCGCAAGUAUGGCAAGCCCGUCCAGGACGACCCCAACGAGAUUGUGAUUGUUAAUGCCAACUUCUCCCUCGCCUACGGUGGUAUGCUCCUACUCUCUCACACCAACCUGCGCCUCGUCAAGGGCCACCGGUACGGUCUCUGCGGUCGCAAUGGUGCUGGAAAGUCGACCCUGAUGCGCAGUAUCGCCAACGACAAGCUUGAGGGUUUCCCUCCCCCGAGGAACAUCUUCGAGUAUGUUGCCAAGAACCCUCAGAUUGCCGCCGAGGGCAAGGAGCACAUCAGCUCCGUCCUGCUAGAGUUCGGCUUCACCGAUGGACCUGAAGGCCGUCAGUCUCAGCCUGUUGGUUCGCUGUCCGGUGGUUGGAAAAUGAAGCUGGCCCUUGCCCGUGCUAUGCUCUUGAAGGCCGAUGUGCUCUUGCUCGACGAACCGACUAACCACCUCGAUGUUGCCAAUGUUAAGUGGUUGCAGGAGUACCUGAAGAAGCACACUGAUAUCACCAGCUUGAUAGUCAGUCACGACUCUGGCUUCCUGGACGAGGUCUGCACCGACAUCUACCACUACGAGCAAAAGAAACUUGUUUGCUACCCUGGAAACCUUGCUGCUUUUGUUAAGGUCAAGCCCGAGGGGAAGAGCUACUACACACUGUCUGCCUCCAAUGUGCAGUUCAAGUUCCCCGCUCCUGGUAUUCUGUCUGGUAUCAAAUCCAAUACCCGUGCUAUUCUCCGGAUGACCAAUGCCUCCUUCACCUACCCUGGUGCCUCCAAGCCGUCUCUGUCUGAGGCAAAUCUGUCGCUGACGCUCUCCUCCCGUACCGCCAUUAUCGGCGGAAACGGUGCUGGCAAGUCUACCUUUAUCAAGAUCUUGACAGGUGAGGUUAUCCCUCAGUCCGGAAAGGUCGAGAAGCACCCCAACCUGCGUAUUGGUUACAUUAAGCAGCAUGCCCUUGAGCACGUUGAGAUGCAUCUUGAGAAGACUCCCAGCCAGUACCUCCAGUGGCGUUACGCCAACGGUGAUGAUCGCGAGGUGUUCCUUAAGCAGACGCGCAUCCUGACUGAUGCUGACAAGGCUCAGCUUGCGAAGCCAGUUGAUUUGGGUGAUGGCCGUGGCGCUCGUCGUAUCGAAGCUCUGAUGGGUCGUCAGAAGUGGAAGAAGUCCUUCCAGUACGAGGUGAAGUGGGUUGGCCUGCUUCCCAAGUUCAACACCAUGAUCUCCCGUGAGACCCUCAACGAGCUGGGUUUCUCCAAGAUGGUCCAAGAGUUCGACGACCACGAGGCGUCGCGGGAGGGUCUGGGUUUCCGUGUUCUUGAACCUAAGACUAUCUCCAAGCACUUCGAGGAUGUUGGCCUCGACCCCGAGAUUGCCAACCACAAUGAGAUAUCUGGUCUGUCUGGUGGCCAGAAGGUCAAGGUCGUGCUGGCCGGUGCCAUGUGGAACAACCCCCACUUGCUCGUGCUGGACGAGCCGACUAAUUUCUUGGACCGUGACUCCCUGGGUGGUUUGGCCGUCGCUAUCCGUGACUUCAAGGGUGGUGUUGUCAUGAUUUCCCAUAACGAGGAGUUCGUGGGCGCUCUCUGCCCCGAGCAGCUCCACGUCGCCGAUGGCCGUGUCGUCAGCCGUACCAACACCGCUAUCAGUCUGGACCGCUUCGAGGACAGUGCUACCAACUCCCCCACUGGCACCGGCACCCCUGCUGGUGUCUCUGCGGCUGCCUCGGCCAACACUAGCGCUGCCCCGUCGGCUGUCAACUCUGGUGCCGAGGACCAGGGCGAGCUCAAGUUCCGCGCCAAGAAGAAGAAGAAGUUGACCCGCGCUCAGCUGAAGGACCGCGACGCCCGUCGCCGUCUUCGUCACAUCGAAUGGCUUAACUCCCCCAAGGGUACCCCUAAGCCUGUCGAUACCGAUGACGAAGAAUAA